AUGGCGCAGGCGUGCUCCGCGCACGGGCUGUGCGGCCGGAACGCGAUCUGCGUGUACCAGCCGAGCCUCAGAUGCUUGUGCGUGCCCGGUCACGAGACGGUCGACCGGCACGACUGGCGACAAGGUUGCAGACCCAUGUACAGCGUCCCCAACUGCAGCCAAGCGGCGCCGCCGGAGCAGCGGUUCAAGUUUGUCGAGGUGCCGCACACCGACUUCUACGGCUACGACGUGGGGUACAACGCCUCCUCUGAUACGUUCGAGCACUGCAAGAAGCUAUGCUUGGAGAUGUGCUCGUGCGCCGCCUUCUCCUACCGGCCGUUCGAAGGCCGAGGCGUCUGCUACCUGAAAGGCUUCCUCUACAACGGCUACACGUCUCCAAACUUCAACGGCAACAUCUACCUCAAACAAGCAGAGCAUACCCAGCUCGCUAGAGGCAGGGUACAGGAUGGUCACGGGCCAAUUCAGGAGGUUCACGUACCGGGAACUCAAGGACGCGACGGGGAACUUCAAGGAAGAGCUCGGCCGGGGCGGCUCCGGCGUCGUGUACCGCGGCGUGCUCGACAAAGGGAAGGUGGUGGCCGUGAAGAAGCUGACGAACGUGGCGGGGGCGACGAGGAAUUCUGGGCGGAAAUGACGUUGAUCGGACGGAUCAACCACAUCAACCUCGUCAGGAUCUGGGGCUUCUGCUCCCAGGGCAAGCACAAGCUGCUGGUGUACGAGUACGUGGAGAACGAGUCGCUGGACAGGCACCUGUUCGACACGGACAGGACGACGCUACCGUGGCGCGAGCGGUACAGGAUCGCGCUGGGCACGGCCAGGGGCCUAGCCUACCUUCACCACGAGUGCCUCGAGUGGGUCGUCCACUGCGACGUGAAGCCGGAGAACAUCCUGCUGACGCGCGAGUUCGACGCCAAGAUCGCCGACUUCGGGCUGGCCAAGCUCUCCAAGAGGGACAGCGCCGCCGGCGACAGCAUGCCUCUCUCUCACAUGAGAGGGACGACGGGGUACAUGGCGCCGGAGUGGGCGCUCAACGUUCCCAUCAACGCCAAGGUGGACGUGUACAGCUACGGGGUUGUGCUGCUAGAGAUGGUUAUGGGGUGCAGGGUGUGUGACCAGACGACGGCGGGCGGGGAGCGCCUGGAGAUGUCGCAGAUCGCUCAGGCGUUGAGGCAGGUUGUGGCUACCGGCAACGUCGUGCCCUUGGUGGACGGUAGGUUGCAGGGGCAGUUUAAUCCUCGGCAGGCCCUGGAAAUGGUGCGGAUUUCCUUGUCGUGUAUGGAGGAUAGGACCAACCGGCCGACAAUGGACGACGUUGCCAAGGCUCUCACAGCCUGCGACGACGAGGACGAGCAUCCCGCAUACAGGUAG